AUGGAGAACCGAUACAGGAGAAAUAGAGUUGUCUCUAAAUUAAGCUCAGAAUCCCCUGAUGUCAAGCCAUUGACGUGUCAGAGCGCCGAGUUCCCACAAUUUUCCGAGGCUGUGUGUACCUGUUACCUGAAUGAUGCAGGCUUCCCUCCAGGCUACGCCCAAUGGUAUACAGCAGACGGCAACAAAACAGGAACACUUAACGUCACAGAUGGUUCAGCCACAUUCCGGCAAAUUUUGGUUGGACCAAACUAUGUGGAGCUGACAGCACCUAACCCCUACAACGUAUGUCCAGACAGUGCGGGCCUCACUAUUGACUGCUCUGUGAAAAAAAUUAUGGUUGACUCGGCAGGAACAUACAGCUUGUACUGUAAGGCUGAGAAUAAAGUGUUUCCACUAAUUUUCUUUGAGAGGACGAUGACUAUAAAUGCACUAGAGCCGCCAUCUACAGCUCCUCUACUGUACACGUCCAAACAUCCACCCAACUCUGGAAAGUUUAGUGUCCAGGUCAAUAUUGGCGACACACUAGACGUCACGUGUGUUGUUGAUGGGGGUCAGCCAGCCGUGACCAGUGUCACCAUGACCUGUUUCAGCAACACAACUACAGUAGCCGGUAACUCGCUGACCAUGAGGAUAGCCAUUGACGUCAUCACCAUUCGUUUCAGUUGCACGUGCCAGGCAGUUCACGUGACCAACUGCUACUACUUAAAAUCUCAAAUUUUUUUUACCGAUGGAUCUGGCACCACCACAAUAAAAUCUCUAACACUGUCGCCACCGUUAACAGUAACACAAGUAUCGACUAUAACAGGACAUUCAACUACUGCAACAAACACAGGUGUGGGAGUUUCAGCAAACACAGGUGUAGGGGUUUCGUCAACCACAACUUGGAGUGUUUCAGGCACAGUGAUGUACGCGUUCCCAAUGGAGCAAGUAGCAACAGUGUCCACCAUUAUUCAGCCCCACAGCCUUCAACUCAGUCUUGACAUUAGAAACCCGUCAUACUUUUAUUAUGAGCCAAGAGAUGCCAGCAACGGUCUAUGA